AGAGAGAGAGAGAGAGAGAGAGAGAGAGAGAGAGAAGUCUACUGAUUUGUUCUCUCCUCCUCGCCUCGCUUUUAUUCUUCUAUUCUACGUCUCCAAAUCUACCCUCAUUCAUUCCUUGCUUCCUCCUUUCCCAUCACGGGAUCCCCAUCUCCCCAUUUCAGUCCUUUCUCUCUACACCCACCCCAAAAAAAUAAAAAAAAAUAAAAAAAAUCCCACCUUUCCCUGCUUCUUCUCAUGGCUACCUCUCCCUCACCUCCCAAGAUCCAAUCUUUCUCGCUCCCUGUCCCCCUCCGCGCACUCCACUCCUUCCUCUAGUGUUCCCAAGGUUGCAGCUUUCGGACGAGAUCUGCAGCCCAAAUGUCGCAUCUUGUCGACGCCUCCGGCGCCAGAACCCACAAGUCUAGCAGCGAACCGGCGCUGGACUCCGUUUCGGAUCGUCUCCGCACUGCUUUAAGCUUCGAGGCCAACAAGCCCGACUCCAAGGACUUCCCCGACCUCAGCUCUCCUGUUUCGCCCCUCCCGACUCGCCCCGCCGCCACCAGCAGCAGCUCCGGCUCCUCCGGUUCCGUCUCCGGUAAGCCCGCCUCUCAUGCCGACUCCAAAAGAUCCGAUCUUGGCCUCUCCGGGAGGCGCUCUCACUCCGGCGAGCUCCUUCUGGCCCCCAAUGAGCCCAUCCCCGGUGCCAUGGAAACCAGGAGCUCCAAACCCGGGCACCGUCGUUCCGGCUCCGUUCCACUUAUCUACACCGGUGGCAGCUUCUCGUCCGGCUCCACCUCCGGUUCCGGUUCCGGUAGCAGCUCCGCGAGCUCUCCGGUGACCAAUGUGCUCCCGUCAGGGAACAUAUGUCCGUCGGGAAAGAUUGUCAAGACGGGCAUGAUGAGCCGGAGUGCAGUGAGGGCCGACGUGCUUGGAUCUGGAACUGGGAAUUACGGCCACGGGAAUAUAGUGAGGGGCGGGACUAACGGUGCUGGUGGAGGAAAGCCACCUGAGGUGGUGGCGAGCAAUGGAGUGGAUUCUGCACUGAGAAGGGCGAUGGUCAGUAUGGAUCCGGAGGAGGUGAAGAGGGUAGGGAAUGAACAAUAUCGGAAAGGGCAGUUUGCAGAGGCUUUGAAACUUUACGACAGGGCGAUCGCGUUGUGCCCCGACAGCGCCGUCUGCCGCAGCAACCGGGCGGCGGCACUUACAGGUCUUCGGAGAUUAGGGGAGGCGGUGAAGGAGUGCGAAGAGGCCUUGCUUCUGGAUCCGGCAUUUGGGCGUGCUCACCAGAGGCUGGCAUCCUUGCUUUUAAGAUUAGGACAGGUCGAGAAUGCUCGGAGGCAUCUCGUCUCAGCUGGUCCACAUCCGGAUCCUGUUGAGUUGCAGAAGCUGCAAGCUGUGGAGAGGCAUUUGAACAGAUGUGCGGAUGCCCGAAAGUUUGGAGAUUGGAAAACUGCGUUAAAGGAGACCGAUGCUGCCAUUGCCGAAGGAGCAGACUCUUCACUAUUGCUCAUGGCUUCAAAAGCAGAAGCACAUCUCCGGCUCCAUCAGCUAGAGGAAGCUGAUUUAGCUAUAUCUGCUGCAUCCAAACUCGAGAGCUUAUCCUCAUCAUCCUCAAACUCAAAGUUCUUUGGUAUGUUGUCCAAUUCGUACAUGUAUGUUGUCCGUGCUCAAGUUGAAAUGGUCCGUGGAAGGUUUGAAAACGCAGUUGCUGCAGCUGAGAAAGCCAGGCAGGUGGAUCCUGGAAAUGUAGAGGUGUCCAUGAUGCUGAACAAUGUUAGAUCAGUAUCCCGAUCACGAGUGUUAGGCAAUGAACUUUUCAAUUCUGGAAAAUUUGUGGAAGCAAGCUUAGCUUAUGGGGAAGGGCUUAAGUAUGACCCCUCAAACCCUGUCCUGUACUGCAAUAGAGCUGCUUGCAGAUCCAAGCUUGGACAAUGGGAGAAGACUAUCGAGGACUGCAAUCAAGCCCUCGUGAUUCAACCCGACUACGCCAAGGCUCUUCUUAGACGUGCUGCCUCAUAUACCAAGCUUGAGCGAUGGACGGAAGCUGUGAGAGACUAUGAGGUUCUCAGGAAGGAACUUCCAGGUGAUACGGAGGUGGCUGAGGCCCUCUUUCAUGCGCGGGUGGCACUGAAAACCUCUCGAGGUGAGGAGGUCUCCAAUCUGAAGUUUGGUGGGGAGGUCGAGGAGAUCAAAGGGUUUGAACAAUUCCAAGCAGCCAUAACUUUACCCGGAGUUUCUGUUGUCCAUUUCAUGGUGGCAUUCAACCACAAUUGCAAUCAGAUCACCCCGUUUGUGAAUGCACUCUGUACGAGGUAUCCAUCAGUGAACUUUCUGAAGGUCGAUGUGAAUGCAAUCCCUGCAGUCGGCGAAGCUGAGAAUGUGAGGAUGGUACCGACCUUUAAGAUCUACAAGAACGGGGCAAAAGUAAAGGAGUUGAUUUGCCCCAAUCAGCAAGCAUUGGAAUACUCUUUAAGACACUACGGUUUAUAGUCGAAGAAUCAAAUGUUUCUUCGACGCAGAACUUUUAUCUCCAAAUUCCUGAGAAAUCUCACAUGCAAGCACCAAUCAUGUUGGAGGAAUAUGACACCGAGAAGCAAGCAUGACUAGACUGCGAGGGAAAGUCCAAUCUUUUGUAUCUUUUUCUUUGUCUAUACUACUUGUUUGUUCUCCAUCUACCAUUAACAUUCUUUCCAAGGUCUCAUUUAGACCAUUUCCAUCCACAGGCUUGGUUGCAUUUCACUCAA